ACACACAGGUUUGAGGAAGUGAGAGGCCACUCGCUAUAAGAAGCCUUGCUCUCCACAAUGAGCAGUAGUUUGAGUUAUCAGACAGACAAAAAUACAGAGAGAUAGACGGACAGAGAGGAGGACAGAUAUGGUCACUCAUCAGUCACACAAAGAUAUCUUUCCAAUCAAUGACACAUGUGAUGAAGUGUUAUCAAUUUUCUCCUCAGAUCAUGGGAGAACAGAGUUCAGAGCUGGAGAUUGUGUCUCUCUAUCAUGUGCUGGAGCUUCGAGUAACUGUUCCAGUAUUACCUGGCUGUUCAGUUACAAGAAUGGUACGACUGUUGCAUUGUUUGAAGGAGGGAAGGUUAAGUCUGAAGGCAACAAAGAAAGACUACAUGUUACAAAGGAGUGUUCUCUGGAGGUAAAGCCUCUGAGAGAGGAAGAUGAAGGUCAUUACACCUGCAGAUCCUUUCAAUCAUCAGGACUAGAUUUUGAUCAUGCAAGGCAUCAACUAGAGCUAAUGAUCUUUGCUUUUAAUCCACAUGGAGCAGAAAGCACAAACAGACCAACCACUCCAGAAGUCAAAGGCACAAUUUGCAUUACGAAAACCACAAGCACAUCCCCACCAACCUCACCUACAGUGAAAGGUGGACCUGGGUUAGCAGCAGGGGUAGCGCUGGGUACAGCGGUCCUGUUGAUCGUGGGCCUGGUUCUCCUCAUUCGCUGGCUCAGAAGGAGAGGAAACAAGAGGCCAAAGGACACCACAACCACUGGUCUGAACUCUAUCAGGGACACCCCACCAGUCAUAGGAGGCCUUCAUGACCAGCAUCUCAGUGUGGACGGAGAUCAGGGCGGAGGUCCAACAUACGCCUCUAUUGUCCUGCCUGAGGGACAGAGGAGCGUGGCUACAGCACAGGUUGAGGACGAUUCCAGCGAUGCAGUGACCUACUCCUCAGUGAGGGCCUCUCCCAGAUGUGGUGAGGAGGCUGGUGAUGUGGACGUACACUAGCCACCGUCAACAAACGGGCAAAAUAACAAAACUUUUUCAGAUGAGUACGGGAUGAAACAAUGCCAACAGCAGCAGCAGAAAUAUGAAUGUAUAAAAAAAAAAAAAAAUUGGCUGAAGCUCUUUCACAUGAGGGUAACAAGAGGGAAGGGUGUAUUACCAUUAAUUAUCGGUAAUUACAAGUUACCAAAGUUUAUUAAAGUUAAUCAUAAAUUGCACAUAUUUACUUAUUGUAUCCAUGAAGGAGGCUACUACUAGCCUGGCAAGCCAGACCCAUAUCGGAAAGAUAUUGGGUCUGGUCUCGUACGCUGGCAGUGUGGGCGGGAUAAACGGUUGUCUUCCAAGUUCCCUCUGCACGCAAUAGGAUAGCGCUACAACCAAUCAGAGCAACGAAGAAGGUGACGUAGUCAGAGCGACGGAAAUUUCCAUGGGGAAGUGUUGCGAUCAUAGCAGAGCCCGUCUCAUAUUAGACAUUCUCUGAUCAUAGUGCGAUUGGUGGAUAGAGAGAAUGGAGACCAACGACGAAACUUUUACCGUAUCCGGUCGGCAAAACUCCGAAUACAUCUUUCUUUUCCAGGAAAGACUUCAGUGCAGUUCUUUGUUCAUUGCUCAAAGAAAAUGAUAACUUCAAGUCUUGAAGAGUCGCGGCCAAAGCCGAGUAGAAAGACAGCUGUUCGCCAGCAGCUGCAGCCAUUAUUGAUUACCUUAACACGGAACCGUCGCAGCUCUGUCGUCAUUCGGCGGGAUACCGCCCCUCACGAUCUGAUUGGCCUGACACAUUUUCUGUUUUCAGCAGCGAAAAACGACGACAGAAGGCUAAAAAUUGAAUUUGCUGCCGUUAGGGGCGUCUAGAUUUCUAGGCUAGGCUACUACUGCAAUACUCAUGAAAAUGCUAGUAUUUAGACAGCCUUUAGAGGGCGCCAUAGACUAAACUGAUAGGGAAUGUGAAAAAGUAGGCCUAGAACUGUUUUUAUUAAACAUCCAUGGCUACAGUGAGACAGUAUUAAAAGGAUGUGCAAAUGUGUUUAAAGUGAGGGGUCUGAAUCUGGGGUUCUAGCUCAUGUUUUUUUGUUUUUGAGUUGCUUUGUUCUACAUGACACCUUCUUCUGUUUUGGCAUUAUGUCGAGUGAGUAAAGUUUGUGUGGUGGCUUUAUAUUAAAGAUCUCUGUAAGGAAAUGCCUGUGAUAACGUUGACUUGAGAAAACUGUUUUCUGCUUAGCUUUUAGUUGAGCAAUUAAAAAUAUAUUAGUUGCUGUUGUUUACCUGUUUUCUACUUCCACAUUUUAACCCAAUGAAAAUAAAACAAUGGGCUGCUCUUCA